AUGGAAGGAAAAGCCACUGGGCAACUCUUGCACGCAAUCGGGGCAAAUGAAGGACAUUACUUUCGCCCUCUCAUUACUCUUGACAAUUACACCAUCUACUGCGGCGAUGCUGAUGAAAGGAAAGAGUUUGGAUCGACAUCAUCAAGAUGCGCCUUUGCACGAUUGCGGGAUCGUAGAGGACUCAAGCUUUGGAUCAUAAGUGCUUAUGCACUUACGGAGAACCACAACAAGGAAGCGUUUUAUGAUGAACUCAAUACGUUGAUAUCCAAGAUAGCAGAAGAAGCCAUACCAAGAAGCCAGCAGGCGGUAAUUGUCGAAAUUGAUGCGAAUGCAAAGAUGGGACUUGAACAACAAUCUGAUGUGCUUGGAAAAUGGUUGUAA